CAGGUCAUAGCCCAGAUACGGACAGUCGGCGUAGCGCGCGACACGGCAACAGCUGACCGCGCAGACCACCCAGCGGCCGCGGCGUCACGAAGACAGCAGCCGCGCCAUGGUUGACUACAACGGCUCCUACACGCUGGUGUCGUCCGACAACUUCGACGAGUUCCUCAAGGCCAUGGGCGCCAGCGCGGUGAUGCGAACGGCGGCGCAGGUGGGCAAGCCGACCAUCCACGUGUCGGUCAGCGGCGACCACUGGAAGCUGCGCCAGACCACCAAGCUGAGCUCCACCAGCAUGGAGUUUGACGUGGGCGUGCCGCGCCACCUCAGCGCGCCCGGCGGCGCGUCCGUGACCAGCGUCAUCACCAAGGAGCGCGACCGGCUGAUCGAAAAGCGCACCGGUGCCGACAAGAACCCGGAGACGGUGCGCGAGUUCACCAGCUCCCAGCUCAAGGUCACGCUCAAAGUGGACGAUGUCGUGUGCGUGCGCGUGUUCCAGAAACAGUGACCGGUGUCCGGCUGCAUGGAUCCGCGCCCAGGCUGAGAAUGAAACCAGGCUCAUCCUGCCAAAGACUU